AUGAAAUUCACUUCUUUUCAUCUUCAUCCUUAUCUUUGUCAAUCUCAGUUCAAUAUGGCGUGGACAUCUGAGCUCGUGCGAGGGACAUUUUGCGGGAGGCUUUUCUAUGGUGAAAGAACCCUAAAAUUAACCGAUUACGUGACCCUAACACACCAGCUCGCUCUUCGUGGCCUAACCAUCACCAUUUUAGUCACACCCAAAAACCUCCACUAUCUCAACCCCAUUCUCUCUACACACCCAACUUCAAUCCAAACAUUAGUCCUCCCUUUUCCACCUGACCAGCCCUCCAUUCCCGAGAAUCCCCAAAACGUCCCGAUACAAUCUGCUCCUGAUAUUGCAAACCCAUUGGGCAAACAAACGACCCCGUUUUGGAGUGGUUCAAAACCUACCCUUUUCCUCCUCCCACAGUUAUCAUUUCCAACUUCUUUCUUGGGCCUUGGACACAGCAAUUGGCCCAACAGCUCGGGAUCCGACGUCGUAUUAAGAGGGGUUGAAAGGCCUAGUAUGAAGCAAGUAGCCAUGGAGCUGGAAGAGAUCAUAAGCAAGGGAAGGCUAAUUACUUUCCGUCUCCCAAAGACACCGACCACUUACUUGGAUCUCUUGUUUACAUUGUUGAUCUUGAAGGGAAUGAUGGUGGUUCUAGUGGCAUUAUAA